AUGAUUUCUGAUUAUAAGCUCACUGAUAACUCAGUAGUUGAGGAAGCACUUAAUGGGUACCCAGCUUCGGAAUGGCUUGCAAAUUCAUCCAACUUUGCCCAGUAUAGAGAUGAGUACAUAAGUUACUGCCACUAUGAGGACUUACGUGAAACAGAAGGACAAUACAGAACUCCCGAAGAGGCUAAUAUAAGGGUAGGAAACAUCUCUCCUCAGUCAUGGUCAGUGCGAAUACCAUGUUGGGCGGCCGAAAAUGGAAGUAAACUUGUGCGGAUACCCCGUGGACAAGAUGUCCCUGAUCUACCAUUACCUGAUGGUGUAACGCAUGUAACGCUUGUGGUGAUUAAUAAGAUAUUGAAGAACAUCACGGGGACAACCAUUGCAAGUUCGGGUAUUGGUCAAGACGUCUUAGCUGAUGAUGCAGAACAUUUUGAAAAGGAAAGACCAAAAUUGUGGUACCAGAAAAGCAUGAAGAAGAUGAGGAAGAGGAAGAAGAAUAGUAAGAGGAAGAUGAAGAAGAAGAGGAAGAAGAAGAGGAGAAUGAAGACAAAGCUUGGAUAG